AUGGUUUCCACUUCUUUUCGUUCUCUCGCCGAGGCAAUGCUCCGUGGGCCUCUUCCUUUGGUCACGGAUAACUUUGACACCUUCCUAGCCAAGCGAAGUGACUUGAGCAAGUUCUACAGGUUGUGGCAACAGAGCUCACUGAAUGGAUCACUGACCGAUGAGAAACUGUUGACGGCAUUUAUUCCGUCAGAUGACGCGUUUUCGAACAACGAGUUCAAAAAACUGGUCGGAAAUCGGAAACUGACCGAUAUUUUUGUACGACGAUACCUUGUAGAUGAGCCGCUAUGCGAAUUCGAUAUUCGCCGUAGUCCAGGAGAGAUCCGAAUUCAGACAUACGCCAAUCUGAACGGAGAGGCACUUCGACCAACAUCGACCGAUGGCGACACAUACAUUGAUGGAGCACGGGUGGAGGAUUCCGAAAUCAUGCUAAGCAACGGAGUCGCCUAUGUACUUGAUGCGACAAUCGCCAAAAAUUACAUUUCUACACAACCAGGAAAUGACAGAAGACGGCCCACUAAUGUACUUAAUAUUAUUCCAUAA